AUGACCCCGAGAAACCAAAUCCAGUUUACUAUUUGCUUAAACAACAUUUGCCUGCAGUUAAUGGCAUCAAUAUAUUCAUUAAUGUAUAAUCUGUCAUUUCAAUAUUUAUUUUCGAGGGAAUUAAAGGCAGCUGUAUUUUUUGUUUUUUACUUUUUUUUCAGUUUUAGUCAUUGGCUCUCUGCCUGGCUGUGCAUCUUUUACUGUGUGACUGUUGUCAGCUGUAAAAACUGUUUUAUAACAGGUCUAAAGAUGAGGCUCUCGGUUGUGGUACCAAAGCUGCUGUUGGUCACAGCUCUGGGGUGUUUCUCAAUCACUGUCCCCUCCUUUUGGUACCUGAAUGUUACCUCUAAUCUGGAUGUGUCCAGGAACUUGACCACCACCAACACUAAUGCUCAAGUCAUGUAUCAUGAUAAUAAUCCCUAUCGUGUCGUUACUUACGUUUUUGGAUCCAUUUUGCCUACCGUUAUUUGCAUAAUAUGUUUAAUAAUUACUGUGACUUCACUCUUGGGACAUGUCUGGAAAUUAAAAUGCACUAUGUCCAGUCUGAGGGAUUCCCAUGAUGAGGUUCAUUACAAAGCCUGUAAGACUAUGUUGUUGCUUGGUAAUGUUUUUCUGUUUCUGUUUGUGGUACAGAUCAUAUCUGCAUCCUCAAACACAAGUAGUAUAAAUGUACCAAGACUUAUAAUGCUUUGUUCAUGUCAGAUUUACCCUACAGAACUGGCUAUUAUUCUGAUACUGGGGUGCUCCAAACUUAAAAGAGCUCUCUUUAGGAUUGCCCGGUGUAUGAAAUAA